CGGCAAGUGAAAGACAAACAACGCGUGUGGAGACACUGUGCCUCCAAUGGCUGGUCGGCUCCUCAAAGUCUCCUCUCUGGCGACAGCAGCGUUUGCCUCCUCUGGGUUUUAUCUGUACAGCAAACAGCUGGACCUCAAUGACCUGAGUAUCAUUCGCUUCGGACGAGCCGCAGCCGCUACGGCGGUCAUCAGCUACGACUAUCUGACGGCUUUCAAACAUGUGGAGCACGGCACCGAGGAAUACUGGGCCCUCAAGUCCAAGGUGCAUCGGCGGUCGGCAGAGCGUCUUCUAGAUUUGUGCUGUGCCAACCGUGGUACUUUCAUCAAGGUGGGCCAGCACCUGGGUGCUCUGGACUACCUGCUGCCUGAGGAGUACACAUCCACACUGAAGGUGCUCCACAGCCGAGCUCCUCAGAGCAGCAUGGAGGAGAUCCAGCAGGUCAUCAGAGAAGACCUCGGCAAGGAGCAGCUGUCAGAAUUAUUUGUCUCCUUUGAGGAGAAGCCUCAGGGUACAGCCUCUUUAGCCCAGGUCCACAAGGCAGUGCUUCGUGAUGGGAGGACAGUGGCUGUCAAGGUCCAACACCCCAAAGUCCAGAGACAAAGCUCCAAGGACAUAGUGGUGAUGGAGGUAUUGGUGAGGGCGGUCCAUUGGCUCUUCCCAGACUUUGCCUUCAUGUGGUUGGUGGAAGAAGCCAAGAAGAACAUGCCGCUGGAGCUGGACUUCCUUAAUGAGGGACACAAUGCAGAGAGGGUGGCCAGCAUGCUGGCCCACUACCCGUUUCUCAAGGUUCCCAUGAUUCACUGGGAUCUGUCCACAAAGAGGAUCCUGACCAUGGAGUUUGCUGAGGGGGGGCAGGUCAACGACAGAGAAUACAUGAAGAGACAUGGCAUCAAUGUCAAUGAGGUCUCAGAGAACCUGGGGAAGAUGUACAGCGAAAUGAUCUUCGUCCACGGUUUUGUUCACUGUGACCCGCACCCAGGCAACGUGCUGGUCCGAAAGUGUCCCCAGAGCAAGAAGACCGAGAUCGUCCUGCUUGAUCACGGCCUCUAUCAGACCCUGCAACCAGACUUCAGGUUGGACUACUGUCGCCUGUGGCAGGCUCUGAUUAAAGGCGAUAUGUCCAAGGUGGAGCGUUACAGCCGCAAACUGGGAGCGGGAGAUCUGUACCCGCUGUUUGCCUGCGUGCUCACCGCUCGCUCCUGGACCGCAGUCAAUGCCGGCAUCAGUUCUGUGCCGGUCACACACUCUGAGGACGUUGAGAUACGGACCAACGCGGCUCUGUACCUGCCCCACAUCAGCGAGCUGUUGAAUCGAGUGCCCCGUCAGAUGCUGCUGCUGCUAAAGACCAACGACCUGCUGAGGGGGAUUGAGACCACCUUACAGACCAGAGCCUCGUCCUCGUCCUUCAUCAACAUGUCCCGUUGCUGCAUACGCGCCAUGGCCAGGCACAAGAGGAGUAAGGUUCAGAGCAGGAGGAGGCGUCUGCAGAUAAAGCUGGCAGAGUCUCUCAGUCUGUGGAGACUCACCAUGUAUGAGCUGUUUUUGUGGGUGAAGGGCUCGGUGCUGGUGCAUUGGUUCACUGCUCUGCUGGCAUUUGUGCACUGAGACACUGUGGACAUCACACUGGAACGUUAACAGCAGGCUGCGACCUCUGGCUCUGGGGUGGUUUAUAACACACAUUGCAUAUAAACACACUUUCAAUAUGUGCCCAUACACACAUAACACACACACACACACGCACACGACUGCACUCCACUUGUGAUGAUACAGUUUGUAUCUGUGUGGACUCAGUGUGUGGACAGGACACUGUUGUCUCUGAACGACAGGAGCAGCUGUGGAUGCUGAUAACUUCUUAGGCCUCAAGAUCACAACUUUGAGCAUGUGUCCAGUGUUGAGACGAACUGUUUUCUCAUGAUUGUUUCAUUCUUGAAUUUCAGCUACUCAAGAUGAAACUUCUUUGUUUUACUCUUAUUUAAUUUAAGAACAUUAUUGUCAGAUAAUUCUUUUUUUCUCAUAACCUUGGAAUAUUGAAGCAUGAUCAGUAUUUACACCAUGGAAGUGCCAUUUUUUUUUUUCCUGAGACCAAAACCUGGUCUCACUGACUGUAUCUGUAGACGUGUGCUUUAUAGCUGGAGAUGCUGCACAGAACAGUACUGUGUGUAUGGAUUAACUGUAAUUUGUCAAGAAAUAGUUCCAGCACAAAACUCCCCCUAAAAAUCACAGAUUGUUCUUUUUUUUAUUUUAUUUUUUUUUUAUAACAUUUCUGGAAUGUAACAUGUGACACCACCAUGAAAUGAUCCUGUGCAACUUUUCUAACCAGGGCUAUAGAUCUGAAACACCUGACCGUUCUCUAUCCUCUUGAGACCAUAUACAUGAGACCAUAUAGAACAGACAUUGAUGCAGCACUGGAGGUUGAGAAUAAACAGGUGAAACAACAAAUGUCCAAUCAGUAACAGGCAGAACUGUAAAGCACCAAAUCACUAACUGAUACCAGAUCAGUGAGUAUCACAGCCAGACAGGUAAGCAAGUCAUACACACAGACAGGAGUCCAAGUCCAGAGCCGGAGUGCACUGAUAAGUAUGCUGUAGCUGCAGGUUUUCACAGGAUGUCGUUCACCUCCACUUCAUGACCACAGACGCACCAUGUUCCUACAGGUCUGAGCCAAACCAGGUACUGUGCUGAUGUGAAGGAGGUUUAUGUGAAAUAUAACAGGACUUUUUGAGUUGUAGUCACUGCAGAGGUGAGGUGUGGCUCCAUCCUCACAGAGUCCCCCCGCCCGGAUGAUGCUGAACGACCCAUUCAUUCCUGCUCCUCAACAAAAUACCUCAGAAUGAAGUUUUUUUUUAAAUUAUUUUCAGGUGCGACGAUGCUUAAAUAGUUUCAACUUUUUCAUUGUCACCGUGUAAUAAUGGAUCAUGUUUACUUUUUCAUUGCUACUGUUGUUUUUAGGUCAAAUACUGUCCACUCAUUCCACAGGCAGACAGUUUGUGUUACUCUCAUCCGUUUUAGCUGUUAUUUACUGAAGGAUUGUGGCUGUGAUCAGAAAUAAACAGCUGAUUCUCUUUGUCUUUUCCUCUCACUAAGACAAGUCUUUGCAGGUUGUUGUCCCCCAGCUCUAAUGUGUUCUCAGUUGUCAGCACAGUUGACAUUCACCUUGUGCGACCUUGCUCUUUCCACCAGGUGAAGAAAAGUUAUUCGUAGAUUGUUUGGCAGCACUGUUUCAGACCUGACUAUGUCGCCGUGUCGCACCAAAUGACGUACAACCUGCGGUUUGUUGAUGGUGAACGUCACUCAGAGGCCUUUCUGCAGUCUCAGUGGGCAGCUCAUGAAAACUUUCACAAACACCGAAGGCUUGACUUUAUACCAGUAGUCAAAAGUCUGUUGCCUGGUUACAGUUGUGUAGCUUUCACAAGGGAAUGAAAACACAUGAAUACAUAACGGCGAAGUGACAAAUCUGUACGCAGCAUUAGAUCCAAGUGUGCUUGUUUGGUAUUUGAAAAAAACUGCGUGAAAUCAUUUUGUGUAAAAAAAAAAAA